AUGGAAGAACGCGAAACAAAGGGGAACAUUGGAAGGCAUCCUGACACUGAAUAUGCAGAACUUAAUAAUGAUGAUGAAGGACAAGAAUCUCUGCAAACAACUGAUAUUCCUAAUUCUUCAGAAGUAUCCAAGCAACCAGUCAGCCAGUCACUCACCCAACAUAAUCCUACUUCUAGCAACCAUACUCUUUCUCCAGAAAUAUCCAAGCAACCAGUCAGCCAGUCAUUCACCCAACCUAAUCUUUCUUCUAGGAACGAUAAACCUUCUUCCUCUGCUGUGGAAUUUGCUAAGCCUAGUAGGAAAAAAAAUAUUCAACCUGAGACAGCAGCAUCUACACUCAUGAAGUGCUUACUUGAAAAAAAGGAAGAAGAGACAAAAUCAAGCAAAAGUGGACUACAAACCGUAACUUUGGACAACCCUAUCGACUGUUUCCUCUUUGGGAUAUCACAUACUUUAAAAUCACUACCUCCAUACUUGCAGAAUAUAGCAAACUGA